UUUCAAUGUGUGCAAAAGCGUUGGGUUGCAACAGGUCAGUUGUCAAAGUGUUGUCAGUUAUUGUGCGUUGAGUAGUAACAACGUUGAUAGAGGCAAUAUAAUGAUGGAACAUUAUGAUAGAAAGAUGGGUACACAAGUGACACUAAUACUCGGAAAUCAUCGUGUAAAUGCAAAAAAAGAAAAAUUACGACAAAACAGUUUAUAUUUCACAGCAUUGUUUUCUGAAAACUUCAGUGAUCAUUAUUUAACAGAAUAUCCAAUCAAUUACGACAUAUCCAUCAUCACCCUCCAGGAUUACAUUAACUGGGUGGAAAAUACUGAUCCUAAGGAUGAUACAAAUAUUUGUAUUAAAGUCCAACCAUGUUUAGAAAAAUUUGUAAAUGAUGAUUCAGGGUUAUUAGAUCUUUUAAAUCUAAGUAUUGUUUUUAUGAGUGACAAACUGACAAAGCAUUUAACACAUAUUAUUACAUUAUAUUGGCUUCGACCAGAGAAAUUAUUAGACAUAUGGAUACUAGCUCAGAAUCUAGGAUUGGAUGUAUUAAGAGACGUUGUUUACGAAGCUUGUCUAGAUAGGUUUAAUGAUUUACCACUGGAAGGAAUAAUGGGAUUAUCAUUGGAGAAUUUAGUUAAACUUAUUGGAAACGUAAAUGUCAACAGUGCUGAGACUCGCCUUAAAUUCAUAGCUCAAGAGUCAAUUGAGAAAAUUCGUGAUUCAUCGGACUAUGAUCCAUCUAAUCAUCUUUUUAGAAUUCUCAUGAAGAUUGCAGAUAAUCCAGUGGUUGUAUGCCAUUCAAUGUCAAAGAAUACAAAACCAAAGCAUGUACAAUGUGUAGCAGCACUGAAAUAUGAUAAUAUCAGAGGAAAAAUACCUUGUGUUUAUUGGUUCCGGGAAAAGGUGUUUACGGAACUUGUUGAUCUGACAAGUAUUGUAGAUAUAUUAGACAAUGGCAAAGAAGUAUUUGGUAGACAAAUUAUAGGCAGAGGAUUCAGUAUUUAUGUGAUUGGUGGAGAACAAGGAAUUGGUAGUGGUCGAUUUAUUAAAACAAUUUGGCGUUAUUGCCUACUUUCUAGCACAUGGUUUCCAGUUGCAGAAUUACCUCGACCUCGAAGACACAUGGCUGUAGCAUUUAUUAAAAACAAUCUUUUCCUAAUUGGAGGUGUUGGUAGUCAUCGAGUAAAACUUUCCUCUGUAGACGUUUUAAAUAUUCAUACAAAAUUAUGGACAAGGAUAAGAGAUAUACCUGAAAUGUUUACCGAAGUACCUGCAUCAUGUGUGAUAAAUGACAAAUUAGUGUACCAUAAAACAAAUUUUUAUGUUUACGACCUUAAGGCCCAUAGAUGGGAUACUAUUGAAAUGAGCAAUCAUCAAUCAAGUGCUACUGUUAGAUAUCAUGUUGAUUCCUUGAUUGCAAGGAACGAUAGUGAAUGCUGUAGUGAUGAUAAUAUUUAUAUUGGAGUUGUCGAAAGUGAUACAAUGUCAAAAACUUCUCUAUCAAGAUUUCACUUAGGUCGAAAUUUAAAUAAACAAAUUCAACCCAUUCAUUCAUGGUCUAACAAAUAUUAUCGACAAAUAUUUGAUGGAUCUACUCUUAUUAGUUUUUCUUAUAAAUACGGUAGAGUAACCGUUGAAAGAGGAAUAGUUAAAAAUAUCAAUACUUACACUCAUAUAGGAACUCAUGCUCAAUCCGUUGAAAAUAUGCAUGAUUCCGGCUUUGAAAACCGCCUUGGUUGUUUCAACAUUAUUGAUCCUGCUCUUUUACACAAGCAGAUUUCUUUUGAAGACGAGGAAGCAAUUGAUGUUUAAUCAAUAAAGGAUUUUAUAUUGAUUAAGAAGAAGAAGAAAGAAAAUUUUCAUACUUUUGUCAUGUUAAAUCAUAAAUUUUUAUUAAUUGUACGUGUUGUAACGGAAGCAGUCUUAAAAUAAAAUUAACACAACAGUUUGUAUGGGUAUACAUUGGAAUAAAAAUUGAUUCGUGACACCAAUUCAACUCGAGAUAAUUGUGGUAAUGGGAGAGAGAUUGAAAUAUAUUCCAGAUCUAAUUAGUACAGACGAAUAUUUUUCUUAUUAAUUUGAGGAUGCUGACGUCCAUACUAUUGUCACUGGAAACCACAAAAAAUCUCAACUCGCAUUGAUGUCACGAUCAAUCAUGUUUUUCAUAUUCGUGCAUUCUUACGAUUCGCGCACAAAUUGGCGUAAGUUGAAAUUAGCGUGCAAAAUGAAUCUGCUAUCCGAUUAAUGCAAAAUGACAAGCACACAGAAAGAAAACAAUGUUUGGUAAUAAUAAUAAUAAUAGUAAUAAUAAUAUCAUUAAUAGUAAGAAUAAUAGUAAUAAAUAAAUAAAUAAAAA